CAUUCUAGUACUGCACCGCUCAAGAAAAGAGUCCGCAUAAAUUUUGUCAACUUCAAAAAAUCUGUCUCCUCGCGUAAUGUUCCGAUAAAUUCCGCACGAAAAAGAAACCCCCGACGCAGCCAUGACCUGCGUAGUGCCCGGCUGCAACGCUAGCGACCAGGAGUAUUUGGUGGAGUUCCCCCAGUCGGCCAAACUGGCCGACCGAUGGCAGGCGUCCAUCGAGCUGGGCACCGGCCAGAAACUUCAACCCAGAGCAGCGGCAGAGGUGGAGGAGGACGCGGAAUCCCGAAGGCGACGACUUUGUUUGGCCCACUUUGCCGGGGACGACACCACCAGUAUGAUCAGCUACCAGGAGCCGUGCUGCUUCCGGAAUUGUAGGAACGGCGAAACGGUGCAAGUGUCCAGCUGUCGGCUGUGUUUGCGGAUUGGCCUGCGAUCGGAGAUGUUUCCCAAGUCGGGCAAGCUGGAACACGUCACGCUGAGCAACACGAUCCGGGCGGUGAUGAAGGUUUCGCUGGCCCCGGACGACUUUCUGUCCAACAUUUGCGAGCGGUGCCUGGUCAAGGUGGACGUGCUGAAGAACUGGGCCCGGGAAACGCUGCAGCAGGAGAUGGACUUUCGGGAGUUGAUGAAUUUGGCCCGCAAGGAGACGCAGCUGGAGGCGGACAUAAAGGUGGAAACGCUGAUGGUGGAGGCGAAGGUUGAGGUGCUGGAGGAGGAACUGCCGGAGGUGGUGGAACCAAGGGAGAAGGAGUCGGAGCCGGAGGUGGCUGACGAUCGAGGAGGGUCGUCUUCGUCAUCGUCGUCGUCGCCGUCUUCGUCGUCUGCGUCGUCCGAUGAGGAUGAUAAGCCGUUGGCGAGACUGCGUCGCAAGCGGGGACGUCCCGCGGGAAGGCCUGCUAGGGAGUUGAAGAAGCGCGGCCGGAAGCCGAAACCACGAACUGAGGAAUUUGGGGAAAAGGUUAAGAAGAAACGUGGUCGGAAGCCGGGAUCGCCGAAGCCGGUGCGUCACGAUUAUCUGAGAAACAUUCUGGACAAAAAGUGCUACAUUUGUGAGUUGAUUGUUGAGAAUAACGACGAACUGGUGGCACAUUUGACGGAAGUCCACGCGGGAAAGAUCGACUACCGCUGCAACGAGUGCAACAAGGCGUUCGGUAAGGUCACGAUCUACAAUCGGCAUCUGAGUUGCCACGACAUCACGGUGCGACCUCGAAAGUGCCAGUUCUGUACGCUUUGCUUUAGCGCCAAGGAAAGCUUGAAAGUCCACGAGAAUAAGGUUCACGGAGCGGAUCACGUGCUUCCGAAGAAGUAUAAGCGAAAGAACAAGGUCUACCAGUGUGAAUCGUGCGGAAAGAUCUUCCUAACCGAUUCUCUGUUGAAGCAGCACGACUUGUAUCAGCACAAAAAGAUGCCAGCGGCGACGUGCAAAAUUUGCGGAAAAACUUUCGCAACUAAAGCCAAUCUUGAAAAGCAUUACAUCGUGCAUACGAAAGAACGUCCUUACAAGUGUGACAAGUGUGAAAAUACGUACAAAACUUCAACGGCCCUAACGAAGCACACCCUAAUGCACGAACGCGUCCUUCCUUACGAGUGUCGCUACUGCGAAGAACGCUUCCUAACCCAAGCUCUUUACGACAAGCAUCGCUUCCUGAACCACAAGAACCAACAGCCCAAGUUCCGCCCGCAGAACGCCAUCACGCGGUCGAUUCCCUGCGCGCUCUGCUCCGACGUCUUCAGCCGCUCAACCGACCUCCAGAAGCACAUCAACGACGCCCACUCGGACCGCCAGUACCCGUACAUUAGCUGUCCCCAGUGCCCGCAGCAGUUCCUCCAAGAGCAAACGCUCACGGCGCACAUGAACAUCCACACGGACCUGUUUGCGUGCGAGAUUUGCAACAAACCGCACUCGUCCGCUGCCCAGCUCCGCGACCACAUGGAGUCGCACAACCCGUCCCAGCCGUGGCAGUGCACGAUCUGUCUGAAGCGGUUCAGCCUGCAGUCAAACUUUUCGCGCCAUCGCCUCAUCCACCAGGACGACAAGCGCUUCAAGUGUGACCUGUGCGACAAGGGAUUCUCGCAAAAGGGCCAGUUGAUGAACCAUCGGCGCACCCACACAGGGGAACGUCCGUUUACGUGCCCAAUCUGCGGGAAGGCGUUCGGGGAUCAACCGACGUUCUACAAGCACCGCAAGCGUUGCAUGGAAAAGGAGGGCAUCGGUGAGGAACGGGCGGAAAGCAUGGUGGUGAACCAUGAUCAGGAGGGUGGGCCCGUUGGCGGUGGAAGCGUUGGAGUUGGUGGCGAUGGGUGCGAGUAUUGAAGGCGUGUGUAAGUAAGUAUGAGUGUGAACUGUAUGUUUGUGGCUUAAUCAUUAAAUUGCGUACUUGUCUCUA